UGCAAUGCACGAAGGCUCUGUUCACAAGGAGUUUCUGAAAGAAUGCCUUCAUAUGUUCGAAAGCCUUACCGUUCUUGGGUGCCCACGGCAGCCUGCUUGCAUUCGCGGAUUCUCCUUGACCAUUCGGUCGAUUAUGCUGAUUUGUGAGCACCUGACAUCUGAGUAUGGUUUCAGAUACUUCCUGACUCGCCAUCUCAACCAAGAUGCACUCGAAAACACAUUCUCCGUAAUAAGGUCAAAGUCUGGUGCGAACGCCAAUUCCUCUUGCCGGCAGUUUCAGGCAGCCUUUAGACAUCUCCUAGUUAGCAACUUGUUUAAACUGUCUGACAAGAGCAACUGCGAAGAGGACAUGGCAACUCUUUUAGCGGCUCUUCCGGUUGGUUUCUCAGCUCCCUCAGCUUCACAUAGUCUAGGAAGCUCACUUCCACGAUGUGCAGCUGACCUCACAUCCUCUAGUUAUCCCACUUCAUUAUCACUUAACAACAUGGUUUACUUUGCUGGAUGGCUUGUAACAAUGUUUAUCAAAUAUCACACAUGUCAAAACGUGACUCAGCAAUGUGAAUUGCAAAUCAAGAAUGCCACUUUUUCUGAUGACAGUCAAGUGUUGUUGUAUUUGAGUGUGAUAGGAACGGCUGAAGGAGACUUUGGAAGCCUCUCGGUCCCCUCACCUUGCUUUGUUUCUUUCGUUCAAGCUUGUGAGAAGGUUUUUGUGGCGUCAAUUGACAGUCUUGUUUUGAAAGAAGGCGUUGGGAAGGCGUUGUGCAUCACUCUUCGUGAGAAGGUCGAAAAGCUGCUGACACUCUGCAGUGAGGAUGUCUAUGGUGAUUUAUUUGCUUUGUUUACAAGGGUGAGGCUUCAUUGGUUCGCCCGUAAAAAAAUACUGAGUUCCUUGAUGCAGCUGUGAGACGCAAAACCCAGCAACGAGUCCAGAGGCUGUGCAGAUGAGACAUCACUUGCGUUAUGCCCACAGGAAGUCCCUUUAGUUUGUCUUACGUGUUGCAUUCAACGAUCACGCUGGCAUACCGGAUUGUGCGAGUACAUACCUUUAAAUUAUCACACGCUUUGCCGAAACUGUCUACUGCGAUGACCAAAUGAAUCUAUCAUACUUUAAAUAAAGUAUAAAAGUUUGUUUCGCAUGCUCAGACAGUGCAAUCAACGUAUAGGUUCAGCUAGAUGAACUUGAAUUUUCAAUGAAUCAAUAUCAAAAUUUCAGUGUCACAGCAUGCAAAACUAAUUUUUUCGUUCUAAGUAAAAUAUGUUAGAUUCAUUCGACCCUCGCUGUAUAGUGCUAG